AUGCCUCCAAAUCAGUUUAUUACUCGCUCACGGGAUACUAUCGACGAUAAUUCGAGGGAUUAUCUCUUUACGAGCCUUCCAAUCGAGCUUUUGCUACACCUAUUUCAUUUUCUGGACCACAGGAGUCUCGCAGCCCUUUGCGCGACAUGCACAGUCUUUAACAAGUUGGUUGUUGAGACUGGAUGGAAGGACUUUUGUCGCUUUAUUCACCGCGACACCCCCAGCGAAACUCAGCGCUGGCAAUCGCUGACCUGGGGACAGCGAGCUCGAGAAAGCCAUCUUAUCAACGCAGGAUGGGUCUCUCGUCGCUUUCUAGGACGGAACCUGAAUGCUCCGUGGCGAAGCAAGCACCUCCCAAUCGUCGCGCUUUCUCCUAGCAGGCUAGUGGAAUACUCUUCAGCGAUCGUUGCGGUCGGUCAUAUGGUGACAAGCUACCGGUUCGACUACGACCAUACGCGACAAGCUUCCGCAGUCAAAUGUGAAGGCAAUUUUGUCGUCUUCCAAGACGAGCCCACUUUUGAUAUCACUGGUCUUACUUUCCUCCCAGAUGGGGGAAAGAACGAGAUGCUGCUGGUAUCAAGCUUAAAUGGCACGCUUGUCCGUGUGCAGUUGCCCUUAGGCAUACCGCAGCAAAAGCACUCCACUAAUCAGCGACGACGACAAUCCCAACCUCCCUUCCUGCAAGCCCAUCGCACAGCAUCUUAUCCGGUUGGAAAUGGCAGCUUACGAGCGUUAGCUUCCCAAGGAAAUACCGCUAUUGCGUUGACAUCGACGGGAACCCUGCACCUCCUCAACGCUGCUACCCCAUGGAUCCCUCCAAAUCAGCUAGCAACUGGGAAUACUUCAUGGUCCACUCAUCUACAACUCACCGCGUCCUUACCUUACACCGCCAUCGGCACUGCGAAGAAUGUUUCGAUUUACGACGUUGAGCAAGGAAUGCUCUCACGGAAACCUCGAGCUAUUCUGAGCGGUCCUGGACGUGAAACACCAGUCUUUUGCAUUGGAGAAUAUCUACCUGGUGGACCACCCGAGCUCAUAACCUCGGGAUGGUAUGAUGGCAAAGUUCGUAUUCACGACCUUCGGUGUUCGACGAGGCAAAGGAAAACCUCCGACUCUGAACCGCCCAGUUUGGUCCCCGUUAUGACACUCUCAGAUCCAUGGCGCUCCUUUGAUCCAGUGUACAGUCUUGCCGCUCGUGCGCAGAUGAGUGACGAGUCCGAACGCGAGCGGGACCGUAUCACUGGGCUGCCUCAUCAGCAUCACUAUGUGAUAGCGGGGUCUGCCAUGCAUUCCGUUGUAUGUCUUUGGGACGUACGAAAUCCUUCAGACAGCUGGUCGACUUAUGUCGCGAGCGGUGACCGCUCGCCUAUCUACAGCUUGAAGGCUGAAGGGUCCAGGAUCUGGGGCGCGACGCAGCAUCGUGCAUUUGUAAUGGACUUUGCACCGGACGCCCACCAGACGGAGUUUCCACUAUUAGAGAAUCCGUCCACGUACAACUCUACCUAUUCUCAUGUUCGGUAA